AUGUUUGGAUUAUCGAUCAGAUUUGAGUGGAGGUGCAGUGAGUACAAAAACCCUGAAGUGAUGAAUGGCUUGUGGAGAAAACCAAAAGCCAAGGCACCACGUCCUCCAGCUGAGACCAGAUAUGUUGAUGCCUCUUCAGUUGAUGAUCCUGUAGAAUCCUCUGCUUGCAUCAUGGAACAGAAAGAAAACACAACAGAUAAAGACAUUGAACUCUCAGUGGUGCUACCUGGGGAUAUUAUCAAAUCGACUACUGUUCAUGGCAGUAAACCUAUGAUGGACUUGUUGAUAUUCCUCUGUGCACAGUACCACUUAAAUCCAUCCAGUUACACAAUUGAUCUACAGUCAGCUGAAAAUAACGCCAUUAAAUUUAAGCCAAACACACCAAUAGGAAUGUUGGAGGUGGAGAGAGUCAUUUUAAAGCCAAAAAUUUUGGAUAAGAAAAAGCCUACGCCUAUAAUACCAGAGAAAACUGUGAGAGUAGUGAUCAAUUUUAAGAAAACACAGAAGACAAUAGUGAGAGUUAGCCCUCAUGCACCACUCCAAGAACUUGCCCCCAUUAUAUGCAGCAAAUGUGAGUUUGAUCCACUGCAUACACUGUUGUUGAAAGAUUAUCUAUCUCAGGAGCCCCUUGAUUUGACAAAAUCUCUUAAUGACCUGGGACUAAGAGAAUUAUAUGCCAUGGAUGUCAGCAGAGAAUCCUGCCAAAUAUCACAAAAUCUAGACAUUAUGAAGGAGAAAGAAAAUAAAGGGUUUUUCAGCUUUUUUCAGCGCAGUAAGAAAAAGCGGGAACAGACUGCAAGUGCCCCUGCAACUCCUCUAGUAAAUAAGCAUCGCCCAACUUUUACAAGGUCCAAUACCAUUUCCAAGCCAUAUAUUUCAAACACCCUGCCAUCGGAUGCACCCAAGAAGAGGCGGGCCCCGCUGCCUCCAAUGCCAGGGUCUCAGAGCGCCCCCCGGGACCUUGGUCACAUCCAGGAGAGGCCAGCUUCUUGUGUAGUGAAAUCCUUGAGUGUGGACGAAACAGAGAAGAGUCCCUGUGGAGCAGGCAUAGUGAGAACUGGCUCACUGCAGCUCAGUAGUACAUCUGUUGGCAAUUCAUCUUUGAAGAGGACAAAGCGAAAAGCACCUUCCCCACCCUCCAAAAUACCCCUGCAUCCAAGUGAUGAAAGUAGUCCUGUCACUGCCCUGCAGGCAGGACGCACGGUUCCUUCGGAUGGUGUUUUGGAAGCAAAUUCUCCCGAGGGGUUGCCCAGCCCAGCCUCCCUUGGCCCCGGGCUCCCCAGUCUCGAACACUCCACUGUGCCCAGACUACUGGAUGAAGCUUCCCUCUCCGAGUGCUCUCGAACGGCCGAGACAGCCGUAGCAUCUCUGACAUCUGGAAUAAGCUCUGAUCAUAGCCUUGAAGAGAUAGAUGAAAAGGAAGAACUGUGUGAAGUGCCUAAAGAUGAGGCUGAAAAUAUUUCUCUGAAGUCACAAGAUAUUCCUUCUGGAUCUACUGAUAUAAUAAAUACACUGAAAAAUGAUCCUGAUUCAGCCCUUGGCAAUGUUACUGGAGAAUCCUCACAAAACUCCAAAGAAGAAAAACAAGAAGCUAGAAACACAGAUGGACAAGGGCUACAUAAAAUGGUAUAUAAUACAAGCAGUGAAGAGAGGGUAGUUGACAGUGUAAGAAACUCAUUGGGCCCAAACCAGGAGAAUGAUCAAAAUGAAAUAAUUGUCAUUCCACCGAACACAGGAGAUCAUAUGAAAAAUGGAGUGAGGAGAACAGAAAUCAAUGUGGGAGGUGUUGCCAAAAAUAACAAUGUGGACAUGGAAGUUGACAGACUAUCAAACUAUCAGGCACAUAAAACUGAUACUGCUGAAAGUUACAAGGAAAAUCAUCUAGCUGCUUCAUUAGUACAAGACCAAAAACUGAAUCAACCCAGUGAGGAAAAGACCAAAAUGCAAGACACAGCCAUUCAGAUAGUCCCCUCCACUGAGAGCUUUGAUGGGAAUCACCGAGAUCAUAAUUUGUCUAACUUCAAAGUCAAUGAAGGUGUGCAAACUCCAAGUAACAAUAAAUCAACUCAACACUCAUCUUCAAGUCCCCAAGAUUCUGUAGAUGCCUCAAGGAAAUUCAGGAGUCAGGGCCCCGUAAAUGUACAUUCAGAAAAUCAACUCACCAUAAAAGAUCCAAUUUGUCCACAUGGUAAUGACGGUCUUUUGCCUCCUGUAGAUGGGAAUGAUAAAAAUUCAGCUUUUUCUCAUGUAAAGAAUUAUCCACUUUAUAGACAAGACUAUGAUCCCAAGCCAAAACCUUCAAAUGAAAUCACAAGAGAGUACAUACCCAAAAUUGGAAUGACUACUUACAAAAUUGUGCCUCCCAAAUCCCUGGAGAUAUUGAAAAAUUGGGACUCAGAAACCACUGGCUAUAACGAUGACCAGGAGAUGCAUACUUCAGGAGGAAAGCACACUGAUGAGAGUAUGAAAGAAACUGCAGUCCAAACAGAAGAUCUUGUGAUCUCUGAAAGUCCAAAGGAGCCACAGGCAGACGUUCAACUGAGGCUUACCCCGAGAACAGAGCAUCAGGUGCUCCGCCUGGAGCGCUUGCCCUGCGUCGCCCCAGGGAAGCCUCUGAAAGCUGGUCCCAGAAGGAUGAAGGACACUGGCACAGCUCCUUUCGUGCCAAAUUUAGAAGAUAUAAACAAUAUUUUGGAGUCAAAGCUUAAAUCUCGGGUUUCAAAUCCCCAGACCAAACCAAGUUCUUUUUUCCUGCAGAUGCAAAAAAGAAUUUCGGGUCACUAUGUGACAUCUGCAGCGGCCAGGAGUGUCCACGGGGCCCCUAACCCCGCUCCAAAAGAACUAGUAGAGAAGGAGGAGGAAAAGGACACGCGAGCCCCGCCGGGGCGAACUCUUUGGUCCUUAAGUGAAACAGCUCCACCUCUUCCACAGCCGCGUAUUAAUAAACACACCGAGGAGGACCGCGGCGGCCGGAAGCCUGCCGACACCUCUCCUCCUGCCGGCGCUCCGAGCCCUGCUCCUCUUCCUGCGAGUCAGUUAGCAGCACUAAAUCUGAAGACUCUGAAAACGUUUGGGGCCCCGAGACCUUACUCGAGCUCUGCGCCAUCCCCCUUUGCCCUGGCUGUAGUGAAACGCUCCCAGUCUCUCAGCAAAGUACGCCCGGAGCCGAGCGGUGAGGGUGUGGCCGCCCUGCCUCCACCUGCCACAGAAGGGAAGGCUCCGGUGCAUAAAUCUGUGGGCAUCCCACAGCUAUGUGUGAGUGAUGAGGGAAAUAACUCUGCACAUAAUGAACAGAAUUCCCAAAUACCAUCUCCAACUGACUGCCCAUCACUCAUUCUUAAGAGACAAAGUUCUUUAACAUUCCAAAGCUCUGACCCAGAACAGAUCCGACAGAGUUUGCUGACUGCAAUCCGUUCUGGAGAGGCUGCUGCCAAAUUGAAAAGGGUUACUGUUCCAUCAAAUACAAUAUCUGUGAAUGGAAGGUCAAGACUCAGCCAUUCCAUGUCCCCUGAUGCCCAGGACAGCCAUUAA